AACAGUUCCUAAACCCUUCUUCCGCCAUUGUCAGAUAACUGAAGGAAUCGCAGAGUAUAACGAAGAAUUAAUCAUGGAGGCAAUGCAGAUGAUGAAGCUUUUUGUUGUAAUGGUAGUCAUGAUGAUGAUGGCCGUUUCAACCGUCUCCGCUGCCGAUCCUCCUUCUCCUGCUCCUAUGUCAGACGCAACCACCGUCUUCGUCCCUACCGCCAUAGCAUCUGCAUCCGCAAUCGUUUUCGCUUUUCUCUUCUAGUUUCCGCUCACAAUGAUUUGGUUCGUGGUUUGUUAAUACUAUUUUGUACAGAGUGAGGUAGAAUUUGAAUCUGCUCUUUUCGAAUUUGUUACUAUUUGUUGUUACGUAGAAUUCGUGAUUGUUAUGUUUUUUGAUUUGGAAUUAUGUUUUUUGAUUUGGCGCUAUGAUUAUCGUGUUCGUCAUGAUUGUGGUGUGAUUAUUCAUCUGUAUUUAUGAUAUCUCCCUUGUUCUCUCUUCUUUGCAUAUGUAAUGAGGUUUUUGUAGAUCAUCGUCAUAUAAAUAAAAAUUGUCGUUUAUCUACGUUGAUUCGUA